AAUGAUUUUCUUUUUUCUUUUUUUAGUCUCUCGUUUUUUCUAUAGGCAAGGGGGGGAGGAUUCCUCACUAGCACCCUAUAGUCAAACGAUUGGCUAAUUUCAGUUUAACAUAUAAUCAAUAAGCAAGAGAAAGAGCUUGGACAUACAUAAUACAUGAUGAGCUGGUUUGAUUUUUCGGAUAUCGCAAAAACUGCUCUCAAUGAAGCACAAAAACGAAUUGACAAAGUUUUGGAUAUACAGGAAGAUGGUAAAGCAAAACUCAAUACUGGAUCAGAUUCAACCGUUUUGCCGGAUAUUGGUACAAUCAUUAAAACAGAUGUCAGUCCAGAGCAAGAGCACAGCACAUCACUGAGUGACAUGCAGAGUUUGAAAUCACCUUUAAAACCCCUGAAUGUAAAGCAAGCUCGAUCACUUCAACUUUCACAAAAGAAACGCGCCAAGCCUGUAAAACUUGGUGUUUCAUUGACUAAGAAAUCAAGCCCAAGAGAAAAAACUAAAACACCUUCAAUACAAAGGUGACUAAUUGUAUAUAUU